CCCAAAGUAACGUCCAAUAAUUAAUGCGCUCACGUCUUCUUCUACCUCGUCGAGAUUCUAAUCCAAACUGCAUCUACAAUUAAUAGGGUACGGUUGAUGGAUUGCAAACACACUGGAAGAUUGGGACAACUGCGAACAGACGCUCACAUAUACACAUUUAGUUUGCCCGGAGUCUCGUUACCAUUCUCAGGAAGUACUUUGGCUCCCAAAUCUUGGGAAGAGUAAGGCACGUAGAGGGCCUCACGUAUCUUGUUUUCGUGAACGUCGGAACGCUCAAGAGAUAAGUAAAAUAAAAAUAGUGAACAGGAUGCUUACGAUACGCCCAUCUAAUCAUGCGCUUACUACUUCUCUGCGUCCUCCUCGUUGGAGUCACCCAAGCUGCACCUACAGCAAAUACAACAAAUACCACUACUAACGACAGUCUUAAAGCACCAUCAUUCACGACAAGAACCCUAUGGAGCAUCAUUUCUAGCUCCGUUCUCACUAUUUUUGCAUGCGUCUACAGUGCCAUCCACCCCAAUAUCCCGAGUCCUAAGCACACCAGCCAGCUUCAUGGCCUAUGGCGACAAAUUCGCAUGGUGAUAAUGGCAUUGAUAGCUCCUGAACUGAUCGUCACCUGGGCUAUGCGACAGUGGUUCAGCGCUGAUCAAGUUACAAGACAAUUCAAGGAAUUGGGAUAUCCCAGCGUUCGUCCGGAAUCUGAAGAAAAGAAGUCUUUUGGAGCACCUGGAACUGAAAAUCGCUUCCUUCUCGACAUUCUUUUGGCUUUUGUUUGCCUCUUUCGACUGCUCGCUAGAGGUAUAUUAUCUGUGCUGGUGUCUCUUUGGCGUGUCCUUUGUGCUCCUGUGAGGUGGGCCACACGGUGGAUUAGUAAGUCAGAGAAACCCGAGUCUGGUGUGGAAGAUUUUACGUGGACCCAGACGCACAGCUUCUUUGUGCUGAUGGGUGGUUUCAUGCUUUAUGCGAAUGGGAAACCCCACCGUACCGCAAGCCGUACACUACAACCAAAUCACAUUCUCACACUGAUACGUCAGAGGCGUAUCGACGUCCCUAUCCUAACGGCAGACCAGAUCCACGACAGGAGCAAAGGCAAUGCGAUAUCAAAAGGAUUGGUCAUCCUUCAAGUAGCCUGGUUUGUUAUGCAGCUCAUCACCCGCGCCAUCUAUCACCUAGAAACCACCCAGCUCGAAGUGGGCACACUCGCUUUUGCGGUUCUCAAUUUCCUAACUUAUGCUGCUUGGUGGGACAAGCCUCUCAAUGUGCAAUGCCCACAUCCAGUGUACUGGAAGUCGACCAAGUCAAAGUCAAUCGUGACGCCAGAGGAUGUCAUUGGUGUCAGCGAAGAAGAUAAAAUCACUCAGUUUGGGGUCUUGGCUCCAGUCUUGCGCCCAUUCCUAGAACUGAUAGGCUUUCCUGGUAUUCCCCCAUCUCGAGAGCUCCAAGUUCCAACGUUUGAUGGUAGCAUCGAACUCGAACAACUGCACAAACACGUUCUUUUGCUCGCUGGAUUGCUUAUGGCAACUAUAUUUGGCGGCAUCCAUUGUAUGGCUUGGUUUUUUGCUUUCCCAACAUACCAGGAACAGGUGCUAUGGCGCAUGAGUGCCGUCGCUAUAACUUGCACGCCCUGGCUUGGUUUACUCACUGCACCGCUCCUUGCAGCUCUGGACGCGUCACUUACAUUGUUUAUCCUGCUCUAUGGAUCAUAUAUCAUGUUAUACAUCACAGCUCGUGGCGUCCUCUUGGUACUGAUGUUCACCACUUUACGCGAUCUUCCUCCUGACGCAUACCAAACGGUGUUGUGGACUAGUUUGGUGCCGCACUUAUAGUUCUUGAUCACAGUGUUUUGUAAUACACUUCGUACUUAUCCAACGAUAUUUAGAUGCAGGAUUUGUUUGGUCGACAAAGGACUUAGGUAUGCCCAACAGCUAUGAAUGACGCGAUUUUCAUGUUCUCCUACCCGCCCAGCAGCUACGUUCUUCGCUGUACAAGAUCCAUAAGCUUGAUUUUUUCAACCUCAAUCUCCGAUCAAAGGACACAAGUGAGG